AUGGACUGGUUCCAUUGCAAUCAGUGCUUCCGCCAAGAUGGUGCCAACUUCUGCAUCACCAGCUGUGGACACCUCUUCUGCAGGAAAUGCUUUGCUGCGGAGAUAUGCCCCAUUUGUGGAGUGACCUGCAAAUAUCUGUGUCUCGUCGAUAAUAUGAAACCCCAAGAAAAGAUCUUUUUCAAGAGCCCAGUGGAAACGGCCCUCAAAUAUCUGGCCCACAUCUCCCAGGUGUGGAGUUUCCAGCGGGUGCAGAGCGAGCGGCUUCUCUCUUUCUACAAGGACAGAGUGUCCCAGGCAGAGGGGUCCCUGCAGGAGACGCGCCAGAAACUCUCCACCCGUGACAGGGAGCUGGAGGCGCUGAGGCGGGAGAAUGACGAACUGAAGAAAUAUCUGAGCAUCCUCAAGGCCUCGCCCAGCCGAUGCCAGGGCAGCAGGGGCAGUACCCCCCGGCCGGUUGGCAUCACCUCCCCCUCACAGAGCGCCACCCCAUCUCCCGCCUCCACCCAGAGCCUGUCCUACUGGGCCUCCUCCUCCUCCACCCACACCCCCGCGCUGGGCACCUUCCCCUUGCGCCCCCCCGGGCUGGGGCCAGUGGAGGGUGAGGCCGGGCAGGGCCGGGGCCCCUCCAUGCUGGCACUGGGCAUCUUCACAGAUCUGAGAGAGGGGGGCACCCCUCGGGGGAGCCAAAGCACAGAGAGACCAAGACCCAUACAGCUAAGAUUCACCCCCCAACUCACCCCCUCCCAGCAUGGCAGGUGAGUGAGACUGGAUUGGGGUCACACCCCACACAGAGGGGGGUGGGGGAGGGGGGC